AUGGCACAAGCCCCCGGUCCUGGGCGGGAGUGGCAGCGGGGGAUGCGGGUGUGCGCGGACCUGGGCUGCGCUUCCCACGGCGACUGUGGAGCUGUGACGGGUCAGCGGACCCGUGAUGUCAUAAGACGAAACUCAAGGCAAUUUUUCCCCCGCCGCAAGUGCAGGCUAUCGCGGCCGCGGCUGCACUCGCGCCCCGACGCGCUUUGCAGCGUGAUGAUGUCGUUGCACGAUCGCCUUUUGGAAGAGGUCGAGCAGGACUUGAGGCAGGUGAAGAGCGAGAUGCGGAGGCAGAUGAGGCUGCUGGACCUGCAGCUGCGGCAGCUCUGCCAGGAGCCGCCUGCGUCCUGCCUGCGCGGCCCGUCCCUGCGCCCCUGCUGCUGCCUGUGCCAGCCCGGCCCCCGGCCCGGGGAGGGAACGGCCCUCACCGCGAGGCUGGACGUGGAGCGAGAACUGGACAGCAUGCAAAGAAGACUUAACAGGAUGUUGAACUCCUCCCAUGAUCACAAGGUUUUGUCUUUGAUAGAUGUGAAGGGUUUUGACCCCAAGGAAGUUACGGUAACAGUGAAAGACAGGAAGGUGAAGGUGUUAGCAGAGCAUGAAGAGGAGCACACCACCGCAACAGGGACAGAGUAUAACUACAGAAACAUCACGAAGGAAAUCAGCCUGCCGCUGGGGGUGAGCGAGGACGAGGUGACCUACUCGCUGGGACCCAAUAGCGUCGUGAAGAUCGAAAUGGCACGCAGGAGCCACCCUUGUGUCCCGAGCCGCUAA